AUGACGCAGCUUUUCGCCUCCAGUCCGUCGCCGGCGGUGACGAACAACAACGAGAAGCGUGGGAUUUCCGGCCUCUCUCUUCCCUCCCGAAAACACUCCAACGAAUCCAGUCACCUUCCGACGAGGAUCAAGAACUUUUUCCGCAUCAACAGUUCAAGCAGCCACUCCUCGCCUGGUACCCGCCCUGGAAGCAACGAGCCCGAACGAGACCGGGACAGCCAUGGCAGUUCCGCCAAGAACGAGAAGUCUGCCUUCAGGCAAUCCCGAUUUAUGCCUACCAUCGGCCGCAAUCGUUCGACCACCGUUGCCAGUGAGGGCAACCCCCUCGACGAUAGCAUGUCGCCUACCGCGACCGCCAACCCGUACUUUGCGCACCAGGGCCAACCCGCAUUACGGCAUCGCAAUGACGGGUCUGUGCCAUCUUCUCCUCCCGACACCCCUGAGUUGCAGGUCACUGGGGUCUCUGCGGUCGAGCAGGCAACUACCGCAAACAAGGAGGAACUAGCACGCAAGUUGCGCCGUGUGGCUUCUGCUCCGAAUGCCCAGGGGCUAUUCACAAGUGGUCAGAAUGGGGAGCGCCCUCAAACGGCCGAGAUGGGCAAGGAGCCUCUGGCGGAACAGGCCGGUCCCGGUGGAUCCGUUGGCUUGGCCGGUUCAGAUAAGGAUGAUGUUUUGGCUGUGCCAACAAUUGGUGCUGAUAACGCUUCUUUCCGUCGGACGUACAGCUCCAAUUCUAUCAAAGUUCGAAAUGUGGAAGUCGGCCCUGCUAGCUUUGAUAAGAUCAAAUUGAUCGGAAAAGGCGAUGUUGGCAAGGUUUAUCUGGUGCGCGAGAAGAAGUCGAGUCGUCUCUAUGCCAUGAAGGUGUUGAGCAAGAAGGAAAUGAUCAAGCGCAACAAGAUCAAGCGUGCCUUGGCCGAACAGGAGAUUCUGGCUACCAGCAAUCAUCCUUUCAUUGUCACACUUUACCACUCAUUCCAAUCUGAAGACUAUCUGUAUCUCUGCAUGGAGUACUGUAGUGGUGGCGAGUUCUUCAGGACUCUUCAAACUCGCCCUGGCAAGAGUAUCUCUGAGGAUGCUGCUCGAUUCUACGCUGCAGAGGUUACUGCUGCGCUAGAGUAUCUUCAUCUUAUGGGUUUCAUCUACCGUGACUUGAAGCCAGAGAAUAUUCUUCUCCACCAAUCUGGUCAUAUUAUGCUUUCAGAUUUCGAUCUGUCAAAGCAGUCAGGUCCUGGAGGAGCCCCGACGAUGAUUCCCGGUCGCAGUGGUGGCGGAAACUCCACCACGGCUUUGCCUACCAUUGAUACCAAGUCAUGUAUCGCUGACUUCCGCACAAACUCAUUCGUGGGAACGGAAGAAUACAUUGCCCCCGAGGUUAUCAAGGGAUGUGGUCACACCAGUGCUGUGGAUUGGUGGACAUUGGGUAUCUUGAUUUACGAGAUGCUUUAUGGCACCACCCCAUUCAAGGGCAAGAACCGAAAUGCCACGUUUGCCAGCAUCCUCCGGGAUGAGGUGAACUUCCCCGAACACUCGGGUGUGCAACAGACAUCACACCUGUGCAAGUCAUUGAUCCGCAAACUGCUAAUCAAGGAUGAAACCAAACGCCUGGGUGCCCGCGCUGGAGCAUCUGAUGUCAAGACCCACCCCUUCUUCCGACAGACGCAGUGGGCUCUCAUUCGUCACAUGAAGCCACCUAUGAUUCCCCACCAGGGUCGUGCCGGCACGGACACCGUGAAUUUCCGCAACGUCAAGGAGAGUGCCAGCGUAGAUAUCGGCGGCACAGACUCCACCAAGAUGAAGGGCGUCCCGAUGGAUUCGGGCUUGGCAACUCCGAACGGCGAGCUCAACGAUCCCUUCGAGGAGUUCAACAGUGUCACUUUGCACCACGAGGGUGACAUGUAA